AUGAAUAUCCCAAUGCCCUAAAUCAAACCAAUUAUUCAAGAUAACUCCAAACUGUAAAAUGAGGUGAUAGGUUUCUUCAAGUUGGGAGAUCUCAAAUGGAAUACUGGAUCGACGGUCCAAGAAAAAAAGGAAGGAUUAAAUUAUGUUAUUUAAGGUUUAAAGAAAAUGCAAUUGUGGAUCGAAAGGGAAUACGACAUAGAAAAGAAGAAAUCCUUAUAAGGGUAAUAUGAUGCUCGGAGAGAAGAAACUGCUAAAAGGUUAGGUGCGUUGGAGAAAUACGAUAAAGGUGAAAUAAUUUAAGAAUCAAAUGGAAAUGGAGCAAACAAUCAACAACAACAGAAAAAGUAGGGUGACAAAGAAUAAAAGAGUGAGUUGUCCAAUGCAUUAUCGGAUGCUAUUGUUAAAGAUAAACCUAAUGUUAAAUGGACUGAUAUUGCUGGCUUAGAAGCUGCCAAAUCAGCCUUGCAAGAAGCUGUCCUUCUACCAAUCAGGUUCCCAGAUUUCUUCGAAGGAGCAAGAACACCUUGGAAGGGAAUCCUCAUGUAUGGACCUCCAGGAACAGGUAAGACCUACUUGGCAAAAGCCUGUGCAACUGAAGCAGAAGGCACCUUUUUCUCAGUAUCUUCAGCCGAUCUCAUCUCUAAAUAUGUGGGAGAGAGUGAAAAACUGAUUAAGACUCUAUUCACUAUGGCAAGAGAAUAAAAGCCAUCCAUUAUUUUCAUUGAUGAAAUCGAUUCCAUGUGUGGAGCUAGAGGAGAAGGCCAAAACGAUGCCAGCAGAAGAGUCAUCACUGAGUUCUUGGUUUAAAUGCAGGGAGUCGGACAUGAUGAUAAAGGUGUCCUAGUUCUUGGAGCAACCAAUCUCCCCUGGGCUCUAGAUACUGCCAUUAGAAGAAGAUUUGAAAAAAGAAUCUAUAUUCCACUUCCAGAUGUGUAAGCUAGGGAAUAUAUGAUCUAAAAUUCUCUCAAAUAAACUAAAACUACUUUAACUAAGGAACAAUUUGAAGAUCUUGCUAGUAAAACUGAAGGAUACUCCGGUUCAGAUAUCAGUGUGCUAGUUAGAGAUGCUGUCUAUGAACCAGUUCGUAAACUUCAAUCUGCCAAGAAAUUCAAGCAAAUUCCAGUCAAUGGCCAAUUGAAAUGGACUCCAGUUGCAGAAAAUGAGGAUGGAACUCCCAAGACCUUUAUGGAACUAAAUCAAGGAGAUAUUGCCAUUCCUGAUGUCUGCUACAAUGAUUUCCUACUAGCCUUGAAAAAAUCGAAGAAAUCUGUUUCAUAAGAUUAAUUAGGAGAGUUUUAAACAUGGACUAAAGAAUUCGGAUAAGAAGGUUGA